CCUCCCUCCCUCCUUCCUUCCUUCCUUCCUUCCUUCCUUCCUUCCUUCCCUCCCUCUCUCUCCCCCUUCCUCGCUCUCCCCCCUCGCUCGCUCCCUCCUCCCUCCCCCUCCCACACCCUCCCGCCGCGCCCGCCCUCGCCUCGCUCCCUCCCCUCCCUAGCACUGCAGCAUUCGCCGACUGCAGCUCCAGCCGCCGCCUGCGUCUCUCUGGCCUCCGCAGCCCGUCGCCACCAGCACCAUGGCCAGCACCGUGUCCGCCUACAAGGAGAAGAUGAAGGAGCUGUCCGUGCUGUCACUCAUCUGCUCCUGCUUCUACUCACAGCCUCACCCCAACACCAUCUACCAGUAUGGGGACAUGGAGGUGAAGCAGCUGGAUAAGCGGGCCUCUGGCCAGAGCUUCGAGGUCAUCCUCAAGUCCCCUUCUGACCUGUCCCCAGAGAGCCCUGUGCUCUCCUCUCCCCCCAAGAGGAAGGACGCCUCCCUGGAGGAGCUGCAGAGGCGACUGGAGGCAGCUGAGGAGCGGAGGAAGACACAGGAGGCUCAGGUGCUGAAGCAGCUGGCGGAGCGGCGCGAGCACGAGCGCGAGGUGCUGCACAAGGCGCUGGAGGAGAACAACAACUUCAGCCGCCUGGCGGAGGAGAAGCUCAACUACAAGAUGGAGCUCAGCAAGGAGAUCCGCGAGGCGCACCUGGCGGCGCUGCGGGAGAGGCUGCGCGAGAAGGAGCUGCAUGCGGCGGAGGUGCGCCGGAACAAGGAGCAGCGGGAGGAGAUGUCGGGCUAAGGGGCACUGGACACAGCGGUGACAAGAACGAGUUUUUUGUUUGUUUGUUUGUUUGUUUUUGUUUUGUUCAACUCUGCCUAGAUGCAACUUUUGUUCCUGCUGCAUCCCUCCCCGCCCCCGCACCCCCAGCCUCAUGCUUCUCUUUCCGCACUCCGCACUCCCAGUUGUCCAGUCCUGAUGGUGCGUCUGACCAUGGGCUCUCCCCGGAGGAGCCACCAGGGUGUGAGACAUGGUCCCUCAAUUCAGAUACAGGACCAGGUGUGGUUAGGUCCCCUCUCGGUGGCUCCCUUAGUGGAUAUGGUGGCAACCUUAAUAAAUCUAAUGGCAGUG